GAGACUGAGUACUAAACCGGUUUUUUCUAGUGAAGUGGACGCGAUCGAACGGAAGAUCGGUUUUUGUCAAGACAUUCGAUCCUCUUCUAAACACUCUAUACCAUCGAUCCAGCCACCCUUAUUCAACAGAAACCUUUGGAUUACUCACUGAGCAGAAGUUCUCAUGGCUAACAAUUCGAAAAGUGGAGAAUGGUUUGAGCCUGUCAAUGGUGCAUCACCUACAAAAGUUGACACACCCCGAGUAUCAAACAUUUCUUGUUUAUCUCAUGGAGAAUCCAGCCCUGCUUCAGACACACCAAGGUCCAGGAUCAGGUCUGAUGAUACUGACUUUGUGAAGCUUGCUAAAGAAGGUGGACAUAAAGACUUGCUCUCCCCAAGACCUGCUGAACCAAGUCCAUCACCUAAAAAAGCAGAGGUAAAAAAGGCAGAUUGGUAUUAUCAAGAUAAAGUUAACAAUAAUGACCUCCCACAGAAACCAAAAUCCAAAGUUAAAGAAACAGAUACAGAAUUUUUAAAAGCUGCAAAGCAAGGAGGGCACAAAGACCUACUUGCCAUUAAAGAACACAAACCAACUGCUGAAGCUGUUAAAUAUGACAAGAAAGGUGGUGACUGGUAUACACAUGAUGCUGUUAAUGGUGUUGAUGGACAACCACCUGCCACACCAAGAUCAAGGGCUAAGCAAGGAGAUUCUGAAUUUUUAAAACUUGCCAAAGAAGGAGGACAUAAAGACUUGUUAGAGAUCAAAGAACAUGAGCCAACCAAGGAACCAGCCAAAUAUAAUAAGAAAGGAGGAGACUGGUAUUAUCAGGAUGGAGUGGAUAUCAAAGACAGCUUACAAAAAAGAGAUAGAGCAACACCAGACAGUGCCCGAGUACGCAGAAAUUAUAACAAGCUACAGGUCAAAAACACAGACACAGAGUAUACAAAGACGGCCAAACGGGGAGGGCAUUCUGAUCUCCUCAAGACCCCGAGAAACACUCCAAGUAAGACUCCAGUCAGUUAUAAACGCAGUGAUUGGUUCUACUUGGAAGAUAACAAAAGCGGUCAACUUCCAGAACGCCCCAAAACCGCUCCCAGAAAGUCUCGUACAAUGGAGAGUUCUGUACUACCAGGAGACUCGGUUGAUGGUCCUUCACGACCUCGAACUGCUUACAGGAAGAGUGAGCCAAUCUGGCUGGGUGGAGCUGGCCCACAGGUGCAACCAAGUCCUAGAAAGCAUAUCAGUAGGGAAUCUGGACUGGCUCCUUACGCAUUACACAACUAAACACCAAAGAAGCAAGACGGACUUCGACAACAGAUUUCGUUAAACUUCAUGCAUAUCUCUCCAAGUACUUCAAAACAUAAGAUAAAUGAAUUAAUCUUGUCAAAAUACUGAAUUAAUUUUAAAGACGAUUUAUUCUGUUAGGGGGGUAGUUUGGGGUUGAUUUUGUCUGUGUAUCGUCGAUUUUACAUUUUAAAGAAAUAUUUUACACAGACAGCUAGAUGUAUGGUUCGUAUUUUGAUAGAAGAUGAAGAAAAUGAAACAUUUAUGUGACCUUGCUUUAAAUAUAUGCAUAACUGUAGAAUAGACAUUGAAAAGUGCCAACUUUGGGCCUUGAAAGAGUGAAACAAUAUGCGUUUAGUUAAAAUUAAUUACAAUUAUGUUAGAUAUGAAUUAAAUAUUUAGUAAAAAUAGUACGUGCAAAAAAAUACUGCUUACAAAACUACGUAGAGCUUUCUCCACAACACCAAAUAGGCUUAUUAUCCAUUGCUUUGCUUUUCACACGGUUCUAAAAAUACUUUAAACGAAAAAUACUUAUAAAAUAAGUUGGCUCUGAUUUAUUUAACCAACACUGGAAAAUCGUUAGCUUAAUUUUUUUCGAAUGAUAGAAUAUUUAUGACUUAAAAUCAAGAAAUAGCUCAAUGGGAAUAUUUAAAAAAGCAUUGUUUUCAUAAUGAAUUUGUAAUAUUCAAGAUAAUUGUACUAGAAGCUUGCUAACGAUUUUGAGCUUUUUGUCCAGACUUUGUUAGUCACGUAAAAUAGUAACCUAUAAAAUAAUGAUCGAAUACUGAAUUCUGUUUUGUAAAUCCUUGAGAGUAUAGCGUUAGUAGCAAUAAAAUAUGAAAUAAAAGACUACAUUAUAAAUAUUUA